AUGUUGCCAUUAGCAUGUUAUGAUCAAAAUUUUGUGCCAUUAGGCCAGUCUUACCAACAGACCAAAGCCCAUUCAUUAAGACAAAAGUUCAUUGCUGAAAAACUAAAUCAACAUAAAAACCAACCUGUGGUCAAAGUACAAUCCCAUAGCAAAAACAUUGUAGCACCUUCGUUAAGCUCUAACAAGAUGGUCCAAAGCUGCUCAAUAUUGCCUUCUCAAGUGCCCAAAUCUAAAGUGACACUUUCACAGAGCUUCCCUAUCAGGGCUAUGAAGUCAUCAUUAUCUGACUCUAAAUAUCCAGGCACACCUUCACCAGACCUCUAUCGCAGAUCAUCGCAUCCCAUUUCAACAGACAUAAAUUUACCUUUGUUGCAUCCCAAACCUGCGACUAUAUCUUCAUCUGACUUCAACAAGACAGCAUCAUCACUGGAGGCCAAUCAAACAGCCUUAAGCUCAAAAUUACCCCUCUCCAAACCUUCAUCUUCAAGCCUAGACAUUUGCUGUACAUCACCUUCCCUGAAGUCUAAUCAAAGAGUCCCAAUUUCAUCAUUUUCUGCUCUCCAACACCAAGAAGCACCUUCCCUAAAAAUCAUCUAUACAUCACCUUCUUUAGGACUAAACCAAAGAUGCCUUGGCUCAACAUCACUUCAAUCAAAAUCUCAGAAAACAACUUCAUUGGACUGCCUUUGGACAUCUUUAAUGGAACGAAAUCAAAGAUCAUUGAGCUCACCAUCACUCAAAACCAAAUCUGAAACACUUAACUACCUUCCGACAUCACCUUUUUUUCAGUCAAAGCAAAUGACUCUGAGUUCACCAUUACCUACUUCCAGAUCUCAGAAAACAUCUGUAUUGAACUUCAGUUCCAAUCCUCUGAGUUUACCUUUGUCCCAUUUAAAAUUAAGGCAUCCACAUUCUUUCCACCAGUCUCAGAGUUUUCCAUUGUUUCAGUCCAAGUCUCAGACGGUAUUUACCUUUGACCGCAACUUUCAGACCUUCAGCACACCAGUUUGUCACUCCAAGUCUCAGAAUGGCACUUCACAAAGUGACAAAUACAAAGCCACAGAACUACCAUCAUCCCAUCAUUUGAAACCAAAUGUCAUAGGCAUAUCACCAUCAAGCACCAAACAUGGCCUCAGGAACAUAUCUACAGUAAGUUCCAGACUAUCCAGUAAAAGCAGCUUCAGUUUUAGUACAAAGAAAGAAUCAGAUAAAGAAAUUCCCUGGACUUUAGAUUGUAGUAAUCCCUGCAUUGUUAAAGGUGGAACAGUCCCUGAGCAAGUGUUAAAUAAGAUCGUGAAUUCUAUCUCCAAGACCAGAAUCCAGAAGGAUCUCUCUAGGCAAAUUCUUUUUCGAAGAAUGAGGGGAAAGCCAAAUCCUCGGCCUGGUCCCCGCCUUUCAACAAUGUAUACGGUUUGUUUGGUUUGUGCUUCCUGCAUAAAGUCUCAAUGUAGACAUAUUUCAGGAAAGAGAGAUCCUCGCUCUGCAACACUUUUUGCCAUACCAGCACCUGAGGCCAAUUUUGAGGGGAAAAUAAAGGUGAAAUUAGUUCUCAUCCUCUGCCUGCCAGAGAAUUCUUGUGUUUCAUUACCUCUGAAAGAAAAUCAGCCUGAUGAAGUCUCUGAUGACAGUACUGAAGAAAUGAAGAAGAUAUCACAUAUUUUACCCUCUUCUGAAUCAAAUAUCAUCCAAGGGCUCAAUAUGAAGAAAACGUGGUUGACAUGCCCUGAGAAGAAAGUCACAAGUCAGCAGCCCCAAGCUAUUGACUGGCUACUUUAUGUUAAAAAAAACAGUAGUUCUCUGCUACAAUCUGAGAACCCAAACCCUUCUACUUCUUCCUUCUCCUCUUCCUCCUCCUCCUCUGCCUCCUCUUCUCCAUCCUCUUCCUCUUCCUCUUUUGCCUUACCCUCCUUACUCCCUUCUUUAAAAGACUCUGCUCCAUCUGCCCUCUCAGGCUGUGUAGUCACCAAGGUCCUUAGCUACCACCGGUUGCCUCCAGGGGUCUCCUGGCUUGAGUUUAUAUGCAAUAAAGAUCACCAACCACUUCCUGAAAGAUCAAAUAAAAGUCAGUCACCACCUCCCAAAACAAAGUCUGUGAGGAAUCCCACCAUCAGAAAAGCGACAAAGGGAUCAAAUGCACUGCUCAAAUUUUUCCAAAGCAUCCAAACAAAAAAUCCUGAUUAA